AUGUUGUAUGUGGUCAGCUGUGUGAUUCUGCUGGCAACGACCUAUUUGUUCUUUGAUAGAGUUCUCAGGUGUUUAAAGGUCGGUAACUAUGGCAACAAGUAUGUUUUUGUUACCGGAUGUGACUCUGGCUUCGGACAGCGACUAGCCAUCCGUCUAGACGGCCUAGGUUUCCACGUAAUUGCUGGAUGUCUGACAGAUCAAGGAAGAAAAUAUUUAAGCUCUAACUGCUCCAAACGGGUUGUGACAAUUCCGCUGGACAUCACGAAAAAAGCAAAUAUUGAAGAGGCGCUGAAACUGGUGAAAGAGACGUUACCCAUAGACUCAGGUCUGUGGGGUGUGGUCAACAACGCUGGUAUAUUUGGCUUGGCGGGUCCCAGUGAAAUCUGUAACACUGAGGACUAUCUCGAGGUGUUCUCUGUCAACUUGUUUGGUGCUAUGGACGUGUCAAAGGCGUUUCUACCUCUUCUAAGGAAGGCGGGUGGUCGGCUGGUUACAACAACGAGCAUGCUUGGGAGAAUCGCCCAUUCAUGUUCCCCGUACACGGUGUCGAAAUUUGCAUUGGAGGGUUACGUGGACCUUCUCAGGCGUGAACUCUACAAUAGAGGGGUGAAGGUCAUUCUUAUAGAGCCUGGAUUUUUCAAGACAUCUUUAUUGUCACUUGAAAAAUUAUUGACAUCAAUAACAAUAGCUUUUAACAAGACAACUGAUGAAGUGAGGGAGACCUACCAGAAUUUCAUUCCUUAUUUUAAGAGAGAGUGUACAAAAGCACAGGCCUACGCCAACCCCAACCUUGACAUUGUGGUGGACGACUACAUCCACGGCCUGACCUCCAGGUAUCCUAGGACCAGAUACUCACCUGGCCUGGACGCCAAGUUUAUUUAUAUUCCACUCUCCUACCUGCCGACACGCUUCACUGACUGGCUGCUACAGCUCCCCUCAUAGACUCUAGACGGAACUGUACUGCGGGUAGUUCAGGUGGACUGAAAUGUAUUUAGUGUGCACACGAAAGCAGAAAUUUAG